GGCCAAUGGUUGAAAAGCUUCGGGAGAACUCAGAACGUAUCAGCGGAUAAUAAUACCCGAUUUCGUUCCCACAUUGUUGUUUUCGUCGGCCGCCGUGCACUUUGCGCGCACUUUGCAAAUCGUUGACUCUGGAAAGGUCGUUACGCGAGCUCCGACUCCCACUGAGUUCGGCCUGUGGAAAAAUCAAUUCAGUGGUGCGGCGGUGACGUCUCGUGGCCUGAUAAGCGGAACAUAAACAAAAAUAACAAACAAGAUGCCCGUGGGAACGUUCGAUGCCUGGGAUGCGGCUGUCCUUAUCAGCAUCCUGGUCGUGUCCGCACUGAUUGGCAUAUAUUACCGUUACACGGGCGGCAAACAGAAGACCACCCAGGAGUACCUGAUGGCCGACCAGAGCAUGACCACCUUUCCGGUGUCCUUUAGUCUGAUGGCCAGUUUCAUGUCCGCCAUCACGCUGAUGGGCGUCUCCAAGGAGUCGUACGAGUUUGGGACGAUGUUCUGCGUGAUAAACUUAUCCUAUUGGAUUAGUACUCCCAUCGCCGCCAACAUAUUCCUGCCGGUGUUCUACAAGAUGCGAAUCACCAGCGUGUACGAGUACCUGGAGCGACGCUUCGGCCAGGCGACCCGGCUGGCGGCGUCCCUGGCGUUCACCAUUCAAAUGAUGCUCUACAUGGGCAUUGCCUUAUACACCCCAGCGCUGGCACUGGAGGCAGUGACCGGCAUUCCCCGGACAACGGCCAUUGUGGUUAUUGGACUGGUUUGCACCUUCUAUUCUACUUUGGGCGGCCUGAAGGCGGUGCUCAUCACGGACGUAUUCCAAUCGCUGCUCAUGUUUGCCGCCAUCUAUGCUGUCAUCUGUGUCUCCGCCAUCAAAGCCGGUGGAUUCGCGGCUAUCUGGCAGGUGGCUGUGGAGAGGGGUCGUGUUGAGAUCGAUGACUUUUCCCUGGACCCCACGGUGAGGCACACCUGGUGGUCGCUCAUAAUUGGCGGCAUGGUCACCUACCUCUCGCUCUAUGGAGUCAACCAAACGCAAGUGCAGCGGCUCCUGAGUGUCCGGAAUUUAAAGAGCGCCCAGUCGGCGCUGUGGUGGAAUCUACCCAUCUUGGGAUUGUUGAGCUUCAGCACCAUCUUCAGUGGAUUGGCCAUUUUCUACUACUACCGUGACUGUGAUCCGCUGCUCGAGGGUCGCAUCAAGUCGCGAGAUCAAGUCAUGCCUCUGUUUGCUGUGGACACCAUGGGUCAAUACCCCGGAUUGUGUGGCCUCUUUGUAUCGGGAAUCUUCUCAGCUAGUCUCUCCACCAUUUCCUCAGCCGUCACCUCUCUUUCGGCUGUCACCCUGGAGGAUUAUCUGAAGCCACUGUACAAGGUUGUUUUCAGACGCAACCUUCUUGAUUCCAAGUCGACUCUGCCCACCAAGGUGAUGGCGUUCGUCUUUGGACUACUCUGCAUCGGUCUGGCGUUCGGAGCCGGAUACCUUGGCGGCGUUCUCCAGGCCUCCCUCAUCAUUUUUGGAGUGGUGGGAGGACCACUGCUGGCCAUAUUCACCCUAGGAGUCUGUACAACGCGGACAAAUCAACGUGGCGUGCUUUUGGGAUUCCUCAUCUCGUUGAUAGUCGCCUUUUGGGUGUCCUUCGGCGGGCCCAGGCCGCCCAUGCAGUCGCACCUGAGCUUCAGUACGGCGGGCUGUGAGAACAGCACCGCACUGGUUUCAGAAGCUCUGCGUCUCGGGACGCAGACCAGCCAAGUAGUCAGCGAGCCGGAACACUACUUCUGGUUGUACCGCCUCUCCUACAUGUGGCCCUGUGUGAUCGGAUACGUGUUGGCCGUGGCCGUGGGUUACGGCAGCAGCAUCGUGAUGCAAAGACUGGGAUGGGCAGAGAACUCCCAAAUCUAUUUGGACAAAUACAGGAAGCAACUGGACUACGACCUCUUCGCUCCUGUCUUCUCGCGUCGCUGGCGGCGUCAGUAUGAGCAACGAAACCCAGCCACGCCGGACGAAACCCUCACCAAGCUAAAUCAGUAAUUUA